ACCGUACACAUAUUUCUUUUGAUGUGUCUUCUGUGGCAGUCAGGUUUUACACAAGUCUACACAGAAGCUGGAUAACAAGAAUAUCUGGCAUCAGACUUUCGGUCACAGAUGUACAACUGAAAGUGGAUCCUACAACAGCUACGGAGGGAGAGAGAGUGACACUGACCUGCAGCACUGUGUGUACCCUGAGUGAGAAUCCCACCUUCAUCUGGUUCAGGAACAGACAGCGCAUAAAGAACCAACAGUCCAGCACAGGCAACAAGCUGCAUCUAAACCCUGUCAGCAGUGAGGAUGCAGGCAGUUACUCCUGUGCUGUACAAGGACAUGGGAAUCUCCCUUCCUCAGCUGCGGCCCUCAGUGUCAGAUAUGCUCCGAAGGACAUGUCAGUGUCAGUCGGACCCUCCGGGGAAAUAGUGGAGGGCGACUCAGUGACUCUGAUUUGCAACAGUGAUGCUAACCCUCCAGUGCACAACUACACCUGGUACAGAAGGAGUGGAGACAAAACCGCACAGGUGGCAACAGGACUGAAGUACAGCAUCACCAACACCAGCACUGCACACAGAGGUCAUUACUACUGUGAAGCCCGGAAUGAUAUUGGCGUGAAAAGCACGGAUGUGACACUCCUGAACAUCAGAUACUCCCCAAAGAGCAUAUCAGUAUCUGCUAGCCUCUCUGGUGAUCUGUCUGAGGGCACCACAGUGACUCUAACCUGCAGCAGUGAUGCCAACCCACCAGUGCACAACCACACCUGGUAUAUGAAGAGUGGGGCUGAAGCUCUUAUCAGGGGCACAGGGGAGAGCAUCAGCUUCAAUGUGACCUCUGAUACCAGUGGACUUUACUACUGUGAGGCUAAGAAUGAAAUAGGCUCUCAGAACUCUACUGAAGUUCAAAUCCUUUUAGCGGGGAACCAGGAUAGCUCCAUGGUCUUGGCAGCUGAAGUCAUUUUAAUUGUGAUACUGAUUCCCAUACUGAUAUUGCUUGGACUCCUCUGGCUGAGAAUCCGAAAGAAGAGACACCCAUCAGGUUCUGGGACAAGGACCCAACAGGAGGACACAGAGAGCGAUGCCAAUGCUGUGAACGCCACCAUCUCAGCAGUGGCCAUGACUGCUGGCCCAUCACAGGCAGCUUGUGCAGCAUAUGAAGAUGUUCACUACGCCAGCAUUCAAUUCAGUGGAUCCAAAGGGCGUGAAGGACCUGUGUACGGCAACAUCCGACAGCCCAAACCCCCCAAACAGCGCGAGGAUGUGGAGUAUUCCACAGUGAAGUUCUCUCAGCCCAGUGCUGCCACCCAAUCUGAGGACAAAUCUGCAAUCUACAGUACAGUAAACAAAAGCAGCAGGACCUAAGCCACGUUCUACGACCUGAGUCAGAGCCAACCAGUGGGGCUGGUGUGGACUGUGACUGAUAGUGAUACAGCUUUCUACCCAGUUAUCUUUGUCAUAUAUUAACUUGACAUUGUUGUCCUGUGUCACGUCUGUUUCAAGUCAAAAAUGUCUAUGUCCUUUAUCUGACUGGUGGAGUCAUGGGGAAUAAGUGUAAUGGAAUUGUACUGAGAUAAAGCAUGCAGCCUAUUUCAGCACAAACGUCAUUAGUUUUUAGGUUAUAACAUAAAGUUAUUUAUCAAAUUGAAUAUAUACGCUGGAGUAUGCGUUUCGUGAUGAUAGCACAAAAUGAAGUCAACACAUUAAGGGAUACAUCUGACUUCUUUAUUAUCCAACAGUUUGAGUAAUUGUAUUAUUACAAAAUAACGAUGAAUAAUAUACACAAGAGUGUUAGAUUGUAUCAAUGAUCUGUUUGU